AGAUCUGAUGGGUUUCAUGCAGGCUAAAUCAUAAACAUUCUCCUCCAGCCUAUCUCGUCCUGUACUGAGAGCUUUUCCUGCUGCAGGCCUGGAAACGGGUCCCACGGCUGACUCCUCAAUGACGACCAAUCGGUGGACAGGAUUGUAAAUGAGAGAGAGAGAGAGCGAGAGAGAGAGAGGGGGGAAGGAAAACUUUUCUUUCUUUUUUUUUUUCUCUCCACAGAGGGAGGGGUGUUGUGUGUGUGGGGAAAUGCUCGGCGGACCGUGAAGCGUAACAGCAAGAAGAGGGGACAAAGACGCACAUAGCGGGACUGAAUGCGACAGAAACAAACCUCCACCAACUCGUAGAGAAAAAAAAAAAAGAAAACACAGACAUUUGUGGAUUGGGGGGUCAAACAUGGUAAAAGCUGGGGAGAGGAGUGUAAGCUUACAAUGUCACGACAGAUGAGUUCAAGUGUACAAACGGAGUCGUGGACGAUAAGUGAGGUUUGGAGUGUGCGUUAACUUUUGGAUAGACUCCGCGGCGCGUUUCUGCAGCGGUGGCGUGGAGCUGACUCAGGCUGCACUUUGGAGAAUGUUUCCCCACUUUUGAACGGACAUGUUUCCCGGAUUUACUCACUGCACUGGCUUUUCUUCUCCUGCAGCCACGCGUGGAGAUUCCCCUGAGUUACAUCUCGCUGCAAGGAUUUUCCAGGGAAAGGCGACGCUGACGUUGUGGACCACGUUUUUCUUCGACACGGACGCAUAAACAUGGAUUACUUGUGGAGUUAAAAAUCCAGAAGACUCGAUGUGUGGAUUGUCCUGUUCCUAGUGUGCUGGUGGAGAAAGUUCACGUCACUGAGGUAGAACUCCAUCCAAGCAUGAAAUGUUGGUGCAGCGCCCUGGCACUUCUCCCGUGGGUGCUGGUGGCCUUAGAUGCCCAGCUGAUCUGCUGGCAGGCGCUCCUCCGGUGCCACGAAGAGCCCGAGUGCGACCUCGCGUACAGCCAGUACUUAGCAGCCUGUGAAGGUAACAUCAGAGGCACGAGGAAGCAGUGUCCCAGCCACUGCAUCAACGCGCUCAUACGGCUGAACCACACGCGCAGCGGGCCGGACCUGGAGACGUGCGACUGCGCGCAGGACCAGGAGUGCCAGAGCGCCAAGCGAGCCGUCGAGCCCUGCCUCCCCCGCAGGCACCCGACCGACGCCGGGGGGAUCGGCUGCAUGGAGGCCCGGCAGCGCUGCGAGGAGGACAGCAGCUGCCACGCCUCCCUCGCGGCCUACUUGGCAUACUGCGGCCAGCUGUUCAACGGCAGGAAGUGCUCCUCCAAGUGCAAAGCCACCAUCCAGCAGAUGCUCUUCAUCCCGAACGGCGUGCUGCUCAACCGCUGUGUUUGCGAUGGGGUCGAGAGGCCCUUCUGUGAAGUGGUCAAAGAGAACAUGAGCAAACUCUGCGCCAUAGGAGACCACACUGUUAUUUCAGACCAGCCUGACGCGGAUGACAUGUACGAGGAUGAGGACUAUGACCCGAAACACGACAGAGAGGAGGUGUUCACCGACCAUUCCUCUGCGUCACAGGGGUCAACCAGCUGCAUGACCCCUCUCUUUCUAUUCUUAGCAUGGCUAUUACUCUGAGGUGACAGUCAUUUAAACAUCUGAUGGAUUUGUAGACAGUUUUCUGUUGCUCUGAAAGAAGCAGGCAGAUGAAGUCCAGCUGGAGCUGGCAUGGAGUAAGUGACUUUAACGCAGGAUUGGCUUUCUGUCUCAGGGCUCAAACUGCUUGAUUAGAGAAUCUGCAGGCCUCACUGUUAUCUCAGUAAAGUCGCUGGGUGACUCUAGAACUGUUCUGACUUCUUUAGUCGCCCCCCCGGUCGUAUAUGUGCAAAGUAAUCCAUCUGUGUGCACAUCUCAGACACUCAGGACUAAAUCUUCACACAUGCCUUAAACUGCUCUGAGAGAUCUGCUCACUUGAUGCAAAGUCGAAGGAAACGAGCUGUUGUCUCAGAAGGAGUGAGAUUCUUUGAGGGGUGAGGAUGAGAGGAAGUGAGCCACACUGGACUUGUUGCCAUCGUGUGUGUGCCUUCAACACGCUCCUGUUUGUUUGGUCUGGUCUCAAUGGUACUUGGUGAGAGUGUGGCCUUAUUAAGACGUUAGACAAACAUCAGAGCCGUCCAGCCUCUGUUUGCUCUGCUCUCCAUUUCGGGGGGGGGGGGGGGGGGGGGGGGGGGGGCUCGGCAUUGUUGAAGCUACCACACUUCAAAUAUUUGCGGGCACAGUCAAAGGACAAGACGAGGGUGUGGGAUCAAGUACUGAAAAUUAACUGAAGCGCCUCUCCAGCACUCUUUCUGUGGACCCCUCCCCCACGUGACAUUGUUUUAUUGAGCUUUUCCUGAGACAGCCCCCCCACCCACCCACCCACCCCUACCUCCUCUUCCUCUCUACUGCCAGCCCUCUUUCACGCCUUUAAAGGACCCCUGUCUUUUUUUUUUUUACUGCUUUCACACUCUUCAAGCAACAAGUCAGGAAACGUGUGCUGCUGGUGUGAGGAGGUCAACAUAACAUGCCUGGAGUUUGUCCACAACACUGAGGGAGGGGGGGCACUGCACUGCUUGGUUUGUGGUGUAUGAGUGAAGCCCAUUUUUACCAUUUCUAACAACAGCAUGAAACAGAACAUCUUGCAUUAGUUUUCUUCUGUCAUGGAUCAAAAAAAAGUGAAUUUUAUGGUUAUUUAACAUUUUCAGACACAACACCAGGUCAUACUGUACUGCUGCUUUAAAUAUUCACUGCAUGAAUAUAACAGAAACACACAAUCUGGACAGCAACAGGCACAAACCAAUAGUUAUCUAACCUCUGAAUUUAGCCAGGUCAUUAGGUCAUGUUCUGAUACAAGUACACACAUACCCACCCACCCUUUCCUGGUAAUAGACCAGUUUGUCCGGCCAAGAAACUUCUAGGAAAUGGUCUUUAUAUGUUGUAAUUGCCCAGUGUGAUGAUUGGGAUGCUCCAGCAAACACACACUGAUCAGUGAACAGCAGCGUAUUCGCUCAUUAGCAGUGGUUGAAUGUGAAUUAUUUUGUGUUAAAUGAUAAGAGGUUACAACCAAGGGCAUGUCCAGAGGGGUGGGCAGGGCCCCACUUAAAAAUCAGAUUUUACUCCCCAGGUGUCACCCCAAAUUGGCAAUGUGGGUGGUGUUGUAAGAAACUGCAUUUAAAUAAGAGCUGACACUUUUACACGUUAAUUACGAUGCCGUUAAGGUCAAAAUGAACGCAUUACGUUUUUUAAAUUUUGUCCCAUUAAACGCACCGUAGCUAAAUCACCCCACUGACAACAGCGUCAUGAGUCAAAAGUAAAAUCCAUCUCGUGACAUCAAACAUUUCCCUUAGUCACUUUGCUUUUUAUCCGUCUUUUUUUUAAUGUUGUAAACCUGCGAUCUACCGCACAUUUCUUAUUUUCUUUCCAAAAAAAAGCAUGUUUCUAUCUCAACAGGAAGUAAAGUGCCCUUAGCUGAAGACAGUACAGAAAUACAAAACAAAAGCAUUACAUUUAAAAAAAACAAGUAAAAUGGAAAUACAUAUUAAAAAUGUGAUUAAAACGUUUACAUUCUUUGACAGCCCUAAUUCAAAAGUUCUUUGAACGCACGUUUAUUUCAUAACACCGGUGUUCAGGAGAGAAAUGAAUCCGUUAGAACCUGCAAGAAAAUUCCUGCACACUGUCUCACUACGUUUUUGUUUGAUUUUUUUUGCUAAAUUUCCCUUUUACAAGUUAGACUGUUCAGUUUUACAAUAAGGCUACCUUUACGUUUGACUUUGGACAUUCAUCUUUUUUUAAGCCCUUAAAGAAUUAAGCUAAGAAGCUUUGUUGUUGCCACUCUGUUGAAGCCGAUGCUGAAGUGCAAAAUCCUGCAGUUCGCCCGAGUGUCCACUAGAGUCUGGCUGCAGAAGCACAGGAAGUCACAUACACACCCAUUCUAAAAUGCCUGUUUUUACAGCAGAGAUUAACAUGUUUACAGCCUGGUUCAAAAAACCAAAUAGGUGUGAUUAGCUCAUGUCUCGAUCGGCACACACUGUACGGGGGGUGAAUGUUUUGAUGACUCAUGAUGUUUUUUUGAUUUGAUGAAGGAUAAGAGUUAUUCACAUUUAGACCUGUUUGAAGGUCCUUGUAUUCAAACCAGCGCCGUUUAGCAAAAAGGGAAACUACAAACAAUGUUUUUGAGAUCAUGUAAUGAAGAUGUGUGUCUCUGCCACUUGAAAUUGUGUCAAACUAAUCUGUUUGUUUUGUGAUGAAGUCUUUACGAAUGUCGAUAAGUGUUAAAUUAUGAAGCUAGAACAGGAAGAAUGUGUAUAUAUUUUAUAAGUACAGCAUAUGCAGUAAAACAGACUGUAACUCACAUGCAGCGAAUCAUUAAACACAGGAAUGUAGCUCA